CCGUGAACCGUGAACGAAACGGAGCCGAAGACACUCGUGCACACCUUUUAGUGGUUGUUUAGGAGCUACUAUAAAACAAUCCAGCCAAGGCACACGAGGGGAUACAACUGGAACGGAAGUGAUUCGGUUAUAGUUUGCAAACCAUUCAUUCUGUCAUAUCUAUCUGUGGAAUUUGUCCUCGACGCAAUGGCCUUCCGAGUGUUACUUGUAUGCAUAUGCUUGCUUGUGUGCACCGCCGCGAUAAAAGCUGACUAUGGUGGACCAGUGGGACUUGUCAGCCAGGCCGGAAGUUCAAGUGCAUCAAAUCGCGCACCCUAUGCAGCUCAGUCUAGAUCCAGCAUGAACAACGCCAAUUCCAAUGCGUAUGCUACCGGUGGCCAGACUGACACGAGAUCCGAUACAUACACGAGCGACGACAGCAGCGACGAUUACAAUGCCGGCAAUGCUGGCAGCAGCAGCGCUGCCAGCAGUGCAGCGGCGGCGUCCUCGUCCAGUGGCGGAUCCGGAGCGGCCUAUGUUCCAGCUGGAGCCGGACCCGGAAACGUCAUUGCCGUGGCCCUGCCAGCAGGUGGCUACGAUAACAACGUGCGGGUGAUGAAUCUCAACACCAACCAAAUGGGUGAUCUUGGGUCACAAAUCCAGUUCACCAUCCGGGAAGUCCUCCGCAAAUUCGGCAUCCAGAUGGCCAACAAUGUUCGUGCCUCGUUCCAGCCUGGUCAAGUGUACGUUUACCAGUCCAACGGCUAUCCGUACAGCGGAAACUACGAUCAGUCGCAGUUCCAGUCGAUGGGCAGCGGUUACCAAGCGCAAAGCCAGUCGAACGGUGGAAUGUCUCAGUAUCAAUCGCAGCAGCCAGUAGCCGUAGCCUACAAAUAUAUCGGCCAACCCAACCAGGCUGUGGCCUUCCAGGUUAGCAACUACGGUGGUCAAGGGGCUGGCGCGGCGUCCGGUGCCAGUGCGCAGUCCGUCAGUGUCCCAGUGGACAAUGGUCAAGCUGUAGUUUCUUAUACUAGCAACGUCCAACCCCAGGUUACUGUCUAUCGUAACAAUGGCAAUAACGACGAUGGCAAUAAUAAUGCAGCGUAUUCUGAUGCGUCGGCCAAUGCCCAGGCCGGCGCGUCUAAUUUCGGAAAUCCGCCGCCACCUCCGCCGGUAUCUGGGCCGCGUAGACAGAGCGUCAAGUACGCAUCCAGCAAUAACAAAAAGACAGUGGAAAGUUCAAAUGUAGCCUAUGAAUCGAAUUCGGAAUAUUGAUGUGGUGAUUCAUAGGAAAUUUAAUGUAAUUAAAAAUUGUUGUUGUUCCGCUUUUGAUAUUUUUCCUGAUAAUAAGGAUGCUUGAGUUGCGAUUGAUACAGCGUUUUUUGGCUGACGAAUGCAUAAUGAGCUCGCUGUAGAGAAGGAAUAGCAGAGAAUACUGCUUCUGCAUUCCAAGCUUUUUCAUGUGCCAAGCAGCUGAUUCGUACAACGUUUGUUUUUCCGUUGUGUCGUUUUUACAAUACCGGUUCUCAAAUGCAUUGUUGCUCGGUAAAUAUACAAUAAUGAACUGUGCACACGCUC